CUGCAGUGGGAAGCGCUGUCUCCUCCUGCUUCUUGCCUUGCCGAGCCCAAGGUCCCCUCUGGUUCGAGCUGGGCUGCGGAGCGGAGUUUAAAGUUGGGAAAGAAGAGGCUCCUGCGGGCUCGAACGGAAAGAUCGAGGGAAGCAGAUGAAUAACUGACCAUGACUACAGAAUCUGGAUCAGACUCUGAAUCUAAGGAUCAGGAUCAAAAGCAGAAAGGACCUUCCGGUCAACAAGGAAAAGGGGCGACUAAGUCUCAAGAACAGCAGAAGCUCAGUGAAGAACACCAACAUGUAUUAGAACAAUUCUCUGCUGUAGCAGCCCAUAGCACUCCUGUGAAGAAGGAGCAGGCCACUGACAAAGAACGUGAAUUUGCUGCUGCAGCAGCAAAACAACUGGAGUACCAGCAGUUUGAAGACGACAAGCUGUCUCAGAAAUCAUCCUCAAGUAAACUCUCUAGAUCACCUCUAAAAAUAGUCAAAAAACCAAAAAGUAUGCAGUGCAAAGUGACCCUUUUGGAUGGCUCGGAAUAUGGCUGUGAAGUGGAGAAACGCUCAAAGGGCCAGGUGCUGUUUGACAAAGUGUGUGAGCACCUUAAUCUCUUGGAGAAGGACUACUUUGGGCUAACAUACAGAGACAUGGAAAACCAGAAGAACUGGUUGGAUCCAGCCAAGGAAAUAAAGAAGCAAAUCCGAAGUGGUGCUUGGCAGUUCUCUUUUAAUGUGAAAUUCUACCCUCCUGAUCCUGCCCAGCUUUCUGAAGAUAUCACCAGGUACUACUUAUGCUUGCAGUUGAGAGAUGACAUAGUUUCUGGACGACUGCCAUGUUCUUUUGUUACACUAGCACUGUUGGGCUCCUAUACAGUUCAAUCAGAACUUGGAGAUUAUGAUCCUGAGGAAUAUGGAAGUGAUUAUGUCAGUGAUUUUCGCUUUGCUCCAAACCAUACUAAAGAACUGGAAGACAAAGUAAUAGAGCUUCACAAAAGUCACAGGGGAAUGACACCUGCAGAAGCUGAGAUGCAUUUCCUGGAGAAUGCCAAAAAACUGUCCAUGUAUGGAGUAGAUCUACAUCAUGCCAAGGAUUCCGAAGGAGUUGAAAUCAUGUUAGGGGUUUGUGCAAGUGGUCUUUUGAUAUACCGUGACAGACUCAGAAUAAACAGGUUUGCGUGGCCUAAGGUUCUCAAAAUUUCAUACAAGAGGAACAACUUCUAUAUCAAAAUCCGGCCAGGGGAGUUCGAGCAGUUUGAAAGCACUAUUGGCUUUAAAUUACCAAAUCAUCGUGCAGCAAAGCGUCUGUGGAAAGUUUGUGUUGAACAUCAUACAUUUUUCAGACUGUUGCUACCUGAAGCCCCUCCCAAAAAAUUCCUUACACUGGGUUCCAAGUUUCGCUACAGUGGGAGGACGCAGGCCCAAACAAGGAGAGCCAGUGCUUUGAUAGACCGCCCAGCACCUUACUUUGAACGUUCUUCAAGCAAACGCUAUACUAUGUCUCGCAGCCUAGAUGGGGCAUCAGUGAAUGAAAACCAUGAAAUGUACAUGAAGGAUUCUAUGUCUGCUGCAGAGGUUGGUACUGGCCAGUAUGCCACGACAAAGGGAAUCUCUCAAACCAACUUGAUAACCACGGUGACUCCAGAGAAAAAGGCAGAAGAAGAAAAGGACGAGGAACAGAAUAAAAAAAAGAAAGAGGAAGUCACUCCAGUCUCAGCAAUACGGCAUGACACUAAGACUGACAGUGAAAGGACAGAUACUGCUGCUGAUGGUGAAACUACUGCCACUGAGUCGGAUCAAGAGGAAGAUGGUGAUCUCAAGACACAGAGUAGUCUGAUUAAGCGCAUAAAGGGUGAAAAUGUGUAUGUCAAACAUAGUAAUCUUAUGUUAGAGGAACUAGAUAAAACCCAAGAAGACCUGAUGAAACAUCAGACAAAUAUAAGUGAGCUGAAACGGACAUUUUUGGAAACCUCCACAGAAAUCUCAGGGACCAAUGAAUGGGAAAAGAGGCUUUCAACAUCACCCGUCCGGCUAGCUGCAAGACAAGAGGAAGCUCCUAUGAUUGAACCACUUGUGCCUGAAGAGACCAAAGAAGAAAGAGAAAAAUCUGAAAAACGUAUAUUUUUACAGAAGGAGAGCACUACAUGCCUAGAUUCUCAGGGCACUGAGGAUUGGGUUAUUGUAGACAAAGUACCCACUGAGGUAGUUGAUGGUGAAUCGAAAACCAUUGUGACAUACAAAGUAAUGACUGUGAGCAGUAAAACUGGUGACAUCCCAGCCAAGCUUUUAAAACCCACUACCACAGAUAUACAGACCUUUGAGGACUUGGAAGGUGAAUUACAGUCGAAAGAUGAAAAUAAACAGAAAACGUACACCUUAGGAAAAUCAUACGAUACUGUCUCUGGAAAAAUUGUAACCAUGACCACUAAAAUAAAAGAGGGAGAAAAAUGUACGUCGUCACUUGAAGCGUUGCAAAAAAUGGAAAGGGCAGUGCCAGAAUCUGUGAAAAUCAUUCCUGUAGUAGCAGAGUAUGAAAUUCUAGAACCAAUCACAGACGGAGAUGCCAGAAGGUUGUCUGAUGCAAAAAGAAGGGUAUCAGAAUCACUGACUCCCAUUAAAGAGGCAGAUUCCCGGCUGCAGAGUCCUGAAGAUGAAAGUUUGAAGAAGACACAGAAAAUGAUGCAUGAUACAGCGGGGAGCAUGCAGAUGGCCAGAGCUGAAAAACCUCUUGACAGUGAAAGACUAAAAGGAGAGCCGCUUGGUUGGAAAGAUAAGAGUGUAUCAGAAUGGAAAUAUUCCAGAGAGCCACCCUUUACCAUUGCUACUGCUCACUAUGUUACUGAAUCAUCAGCAUCAAGAGUAGUGACAAAACGGCUCUCCAGUGAAAAAACUUUGGAUGGUUCAGAUAUCUUCACUUUAAUAGAAUCCGCAAGAAAACCAACUGAGUUCAUAGGAGGGGUUACACCUACUUCACCUAGCUGGGUUCAGAAAACACAAGCAAAGACUGAUCAGGAGGUACGUUCUGGUGAAAGGAAGACGGAGGAGCGUCUGCAAGAGGAUGCCAUGACGAAGGUUGUGCAGGAAACGGUAUUGCUCGAGGAGAAACAUGUGAUAAAUGUGCAUGCAAGUGGGGAUGCUGCUAAGUUGGCUGGUGUUCAACUGGAUGCUACAGCACAGGCAAUGUCUCAUAUGGCUUCUGACACUCAAGGGAAGGAGGGCUGUGCUGUGACUGAGGGGGCUAAAGAGGAAAAGAGGCAGGAGACUGAGCAAGUUGUAACCAAACAGGAAGAAACGGCCACUGUUUCUCAUGGUCAAGAGGAGCAGCAGAGUGCAACAGCCUUAGUUUCGGAUGCACUGGAACGAAAACCUCUUUUUGAGUCACCAAUUGUGAAGACUGAAACAAUCAAUUUUGGGAGUGUUUCUUCAGGUGGGGAGAAAAUGGAAAUUUCUGUGAAGGAAGUACCCAUUGUUCAUACUGAAACAAAAACUAUUACGUAUGAGUCUUCUGAGGCAGAUCCUUGUGCUGAUUCAGAUCCUGGAGUUCUGAUGAGCGCACAGACAAUCACAUCUGAAACCACUGGUACUACAACUACUACACACAUCACCAAAACAGUGAAAGGAGGCAUAUCAGAGACAAGAAUUGAAAAACGAAUAGUCAUCUCAGGAGAUGCAGACUUUGACCAUGAUCAGGCGCUGGCUCAGGCAAUUAAAGAGGCCAAAGAGCAGCACCCUGACAUGUCAGUGACCAAAGUAGUGGUACAUAAAGAGACAGAAAUCACACCAGAAGAUGGGGAGGAUUGACCACAGGAAUAACGUAGCUUUCAUAUGACUUGUCAUGUACGCCAUUGGGAAUAACAGAACCUACAUGGAGUCUUAGUUCUACCCAGCAGGCUUACAUCUCUCCAGAGAAAAUUUCAAUGUGGAAGAACUGAUCUUGAUGGCUACUAAAGACACUGGCAGAAAUAUUGUCCCAUUUACAACAAUCUGAAUCACCAUUAGUAGCCUAAUACUGCAUGAAGCAACGAACAAAUUACAAAAAAUGCAGCAUUUUAAUUUUCCAAAACUAAGUUUCCAUCUAGACCUGCACGUUCAUCACCAGUAUAAAACAGCAAUCUUGUGUUACACAUAAAACAGUCCAUGCCUUCACAGAUUAUUGGAAGUAUUUAAAAAAAUCACAUUUUCUUAGGUGGCAAAACUUUUGUUUAGGGUAAAUGAAGAUUACUCUAAAACACUAAAAGCUGUAUAGGUACUGUGUAUAAUGUUUUAUCACCUUAGAUGUGCCAAUAACACACUUUAUUCAGUAAACACUUUGAAUCAUAUACUUUGUCAACAGGCUUUAUUAUUGUCUAAUAAACAAUGAUCAAUCUCUAAUGUUGUUUAAAUGGUUACAAUAUGUGCUUUGUUUACCUGAUUUUAAACCUUUAAUAGGCAUUAAUAAUUUUAGAUUAUUCAAAGUUUAAAGUUAGAAACCUUCCACCCUUCACAAAUUCUUAUCCUAUAAAUUAUGUUGUGAUUAUUUUAAAAUUUAUGCGUUCCUUAGCAUUACAGCAUUAUUACUCGGAAAUCUUGAUUUUUUAAAAAAAACUUAUUUCCCUUUUGUUCUCACAAAGUGUUUCUUUUCAGAGUGUGAUUGCAUUUUCCUAUCCCAACAGAGUUAAGCCUUAAAUUGUACAGAAAACCUACUGAAAAAUUCUUUGGUAUUUAGUUUUCACAUCCAUUUAAGGGACACUGUCUUCAUCACACUGUCAGUCACAUCACAACACAUGGUGAAUGUAUGUUUCUGCAUAGUGAAAUAAAAGUGGUAAAUGCAUCCAAAUUUGUUUUGGUCUAUGUCUAAGAACAUGUUUUCUGUAUUCAAAACUCCAAAUACCAUUUGUAUUCUGUGAAAGACAUUUUAAUGUGCAUAAGAUAUGUUCUUCUACUGUGCCACAUUGUAUUUGUACAGGCAUACAUAGAAAAGCAGAGUCCUAAAAGAAUGGUGUAAACAAACUCCUUUACAAUUAUGUACAUAGGACAGAUGCCCUCCGACUUCUUCUGUAUUAUAUAGCUGCAUAACAUGCUUCACGUAAAUUAAAUGAAGAGUAUAAUCAGCUAUUUUUAAAUAUUGGCUCAGGAAAAAAAAUAUUUUGUAUUUUCACAUUAUGAAUCAUGAGAAAAGUACCCAUUUCAAUAAGUACUUGGGCACAAUCCAGUCAAAGUUAAGCACUUAAUUCAGUUUAUUUCAGUUGGACAGAAAUGCUUAAUUUUGGGCAGAUUGUGUCCUGUACUAUUUUGGGUUAGUUGCUCAUUAAUGUUCACAGUAUUCUUUAGUUUUAAAAAAAGGUAAUAAAUUAUAUUUUGUAGAGCUGUCAAAAAUAUGUAAGGCAACUUAUGCUGGUAAAAGCAAAGUGCAAACACAAAUGUUUCCAACUGAAUUGAGUGGUAGAAGCUUCCAUGAAGUAAGAUCAACUUUUUUAGAGUAGAUUAAAUGGAAAACAGAGUUGCACUUACCUAUCAGUGCUGUUCACUGAGGUUCUCAGUGCAGGCACAAACUGGAAUUACGCAUGUGUAGGCCUGUUUAUUGGAGAUUUUCUAGCUUAAAACUGCUAGUGGAUGAAGCUGUGUCAGCUUUCCUGCCAAAACCAUCAUGAUCUCAGGUGCAGUUGCACCCUCUUUCAUCAGUUCCUCCUGAGCCACUGGAGAAAAAGAAAAGGAAAAGAGAGUUCACAGCAGGGCAGGCGGGAGAGAUGUAUGCCUUCACUGAAGACCUCAAUGAACAGCAGUUACAGGGCCUAGGCACAGUAUCUGUCGAAUGUGUCUGCAAUGGACAAGGCUGAAGCUUGGCAAAUCUCCUUCAACAGUACACCCUGCAAUCAGGCAGCAGAAGAUUCCUGCGACUUGGUGGAGUGAGCAUGGAUCUCCAAUAACUUCUCAUAACACACUUUGAAAGUGGAGACUAUCCAUCUAGACAAAGUCUGAGGCAAGGCCAUCUUCAUCUUCUUUGGGCCUGGAUGACAAAAUGAACAAUGACUUGUCUUUGCAAAAAUCUUUUGACCUAUGCAAAUAAAAUAACAAAGCAUGUUUAAUGUCCAAUGAGUGCAGUGUUCUUUUGGCCCCUGAGAUGGGGAGAAUCACCUCCUGGUUCAGGUGAAACCCCAGAACUACCUUGGGCAAGAAGUAGGCACACAGUCUCCGUAUCACUCGCUCUGGAAAAACGUUCAGAAAUGAGGAAUCCAUUCUGAAUACUGCUGUCUCACUAACUCUACAGACAGAAAGGCUUGAGACAUCUUGUGAAAAAAUACUGUAGUUUUGCCCAACCCUUUGAGUUGGGCAGAAAUUACUGCUAGGUAAACUUUAAUAGAGGAAAAGGGUAUUUUUAACUGCAGCAAGUAAUGAAAAACCUUUCACAGCAAGUAGUUUGCACCCUCCAUGCUGCCAGGUGCAAAUGGUGCAAGCCAGAGUUAAGUACUGGGCCUAUGCUGAUUAAGUCUGGGUAAAGGGAAAAUACGUACUGGCCCCUUGUCAUUGACAUAGGAAACCAAAUGUGCUUUGGCCAGUGGGCCAACCAUAAUAAUAUCUGCUUCUUCCACUAUCAUCUUUCCCAACACCUUGGAAAUCAGUAGAAUUGCGGGGAAAGAAUAGAACAGUGCCCACUGCCACAGAAUCUGUAAGGUGUCUUCCAUCCAUCCCUGAACCAGUUCCGCUAUAAAACAGAACAUUGGGGCAUUUGUGUUGGAUGCAGAGCAGUGGCAUAGCACCAAUAGGGCAGGGGUGUGCGACUCUCCAGGCGCACGGUGGUGUGGGGGCGUGGCCAGGGCAUUGGCAGGCAGGGGUGUGGCAGGGCGCAGGGUGCAUGCAUGCCCAGGGCGCAGUUCCCCCUCGCUCCGCCCCGAUGCAGAGGGGAAAAGAUUGACCUUAGGGACCCCCUACUAGAGAAUAUAUGGUUCAGGCAAGAAUUGCUCAGUGACUAUUUGUGGUAAGAGGAUAAAUGAAAGGCUGAGGGCCUCUGCUUGAACAUUCUAUGUUCCUGAGGUGCAGACUGCCUGGAGCCUGUCCCUUCUUGCUUGGUCAAGCAGAAUAUAGUGAUAAUGUAGGUCUCUGAGUUCCAGAAUAUUAAUAUGCAUCUUACACUCCAUGUGGGACUAAGUACCUUGAGCCAUAAUACCUUCGUAAUGUGCUUCCCAACCCAAUAGGGAAGCAUUUAUGGUUAUCAUGGCAUCGAAUUUGUGAUCUCCAAAAGGAGUGCCCUGCAACAUUAUUCAGCUGCACCCAUCAGGACAGGGAUCUCAAGAACGAACAUGGGAUCGAGAACCUCUGCUGUUGGGAAUUACAGGAUAGUUUCUAAAAUCUGUAAUGAUCAUGUAGACAUUCUCUCUCCUUACUAUCUGAAAAGGAUUGCAGAGAAAAGAGCUUGCCAUGUACCUAAUAUUAGCUUUCCUGCAGAAGAAACCAUUUUCCUUCCCCUGCAGAAGAAACCAUUUUCCUUCCCCUAAAUUCAAGACAGAAGUAGCAGAGAUAAUCUUAGACUAGGGCCAAACUGACCAAUGUUUAAAAUGUCAAUUUAAGGUGUGAACAAAGCUUUUGUUCUAAUCUGACCACUAAAAGCCAGUCAUCUAAACAGGGGUAAUGUCAUCCUUGAAGUGCAGUAGCUAACCCAAAGGGGCAGGACUCGAUAAGCUUCCGACAAAUAUUAAAUCUCAGGAUUCUUAGUGUGGUCCAAAAACGGAAAUACACAUAUUUCAAAUCCAGCAUAGCAAAGCAGGAAUGUGAGGGAAUAACUGUAAUACCAACUCCACAGAGAUCAUUAAAAACUUUGUAAUAUUUAGUGGAUGAUUUACUCAACGAUGCAUUUUUUGCCUCCAUCCUUUUUGUCAACAAGGAAAAAAAUAGGAAUAAAAACCUAUACACUGAUCAUAUGAAUCAAUUUUCUCAACUUCCCUAAUUAAAAAAUACAAUUGCAUGACUAACAGGAAUGGAAUUUUUAACUGCUCCAACUACACAAAAACAUACAGGUUUGGAUAUUUUAAAAGAAUCUCCAACCUAUAACCUCACCUGACUAUGGCUAACACCCAAGAGUCCAUUGUCAUUUCCUGCAAUGCAGGUACAAACUGAGACAAAUGAUCCCCCGAAGAACAGGCACUGAGGAAAGUCCCACAGAGCAACUUUCAGUUUAGAUGCCCAGUCAUUCCUUGCCUUGGGAGUGAACUUUUGGCAAGAUUUGCAACCCAAAACAUUGUGGUACUGCCAUAAACACAAGAGACACCUCACAGUUUUUGGUUUGGGUAAAUUUUACGCUACAGUGAGUGCUCUUUAUUCUGAAUAACCUUUUCUGAGACAUGGCACACACCAACAUCCCAAUGAGCCUAUUCUUUGCACAAGUAGGCGAUGAGUGAUCCAAACAGUCAGAUGCAGAAUGAACAAAGUACCUCACAAGCAGCAAAGAAAACGACUGACUUCAAUAGUGGCAAAAGAAGAAUUGAGGGAACGUCUGAACAUGUGAUGUUUUGGUGGGAACGCCAAUAAGACUCUGAUGUGUUCUGUCCCCUAGUGGGGUUAAGCUAGAAAAUCUCAAUUAGCAGGCCUGCACAUGCAUAGUCCCAAGGUGGGCUGCAUGGAAGACCAACAAUGAAUAACUAUUUUUAGAGAAUAUAUAUAUAUCCACAUGAAGGAAUAGAGGAAAAAUAUAUAAGAAUAUAGAAUAUACACACACUUAUGAAGGAAAAUAUUUUAAAACAGUAUAAAAACAAGAGCCCGGAUCCAAUAGUUCAUGUAUGUGUGGAAGUACAGGAUCAUUUUAGGUGUUCAGUGACUUCCUACAGUAUUGUAUGCCAAUAAACUUGUGACCUGAUUGGGAUAAUAGAAAUAGAAUGUAUAUAGCUACAAAAACUUGAUAAAGAACCAUGCUAAUUAUUAAAUUAAUGGCUGCCAUGAGUUUAUGAUGAAAAGGGCAGCACACCAAGGCAAAAUGAAUGCAAGGUAACAAAUGAUGCAGAGGGAAAUUAAUUCUUUAAUAAUUUUUGCAACACCUAUGCAUUUUACAUGCAGCUUCUUCAGGAGGAUCUAAUAAAAUGAAAAAAAUAACACAAAAUAGUAAUAUAAACAUAUGUGAUACAUUAUUCAAACAUUUUAAAAUAUUUAGAAAAAUUAAACAUCGGACAAUUUGUACAGCGUGUACAGAGCGCACUAUAUAAUUACAUCUUCAUAUUGACAACAUUAAAUAAACAAUGUAUAUUGUGGAUUUUGAGGUGAAAAUGUAUAUACCCUAAGGGGUUAAAUGAGAAAAUUUCAGGGCAGACAGUUCUGUAUAUAAAGCCAGUGUUAGUUGAAACAGCUCACUUUUGCCUUACUACAUGCAUGGGAAUAUUGCUUUAAAAAGAAUCUGGAGGGUCAGUACUAAUUAAUGUUAAUUUAAAAUGUGAUUUCUUUGUAAAAUUACAACACACAGUAUAUGUAGUUUAAUCAUUUAAUAAUUGUUUAAUAAUUUUUAAAAAGUUUUAAUAUGUUUAUAUUACUAUUUUGUGUUUGUUUUUUUCAUUUUAUUGGAUUCCCCUUAAGAAGCUACACAUGAAACAUGUAGGGGUUGCUAGAUCAAAUAAUUCAUUUUCCUCUGCACCAUUUGUUUCCCUGCCUUCGUUUUGCUGUGUUUAUGCCAGGUGGAGCUUGUGGUUGACUGAAGUGGCAUCUUCUGAAAAUUCUAGGAUAAUCAUUAAUCUGCUGGAGGUGCAGUACACUCCCACAGGCAAUCACAUAAGACUUCCAAUCUCCUGAUAAUUAUGGCCAAAGAAAUAUCUGGAUUAGAAUGAAUGUUUUUACUUGACUGCAGAACUGGAUAAUUCUCCAUGGUACAAUAACAGGCACAAGUGAACUUGAAUGCCAGAAAACAGGUAAUCAGAUUCCCAAAAGACCCACCUGACUCCUUCCCCCAGCUUAACCCAUACACCAUGUUUUGAGUAGCCCUUUAUUCUAGUCCUAGCUGUAAGUUGAUGCACCUUUGACCAUUGGAUAUUUUUACAAUGCUACAUGACACUUCUGUUAUUUCCUGACUCACAGGAGCAUUCUUGCUGUAAAUGUAGAAAUCAACCGUCAUCCAGUCAUUUUUUUAAAGAUAUUGUUUGCACAACUUGUUCUUUCCAGUUCAACUGUAAUCUUUGGUUUCUUACUGAAAAACAUGUACUGAUCAUUUUGUGUCAUUUUACAUUUAUAGCUUAACAUCAGAUUUUUGAAUAUAGCAUCUAGCUGUUGUUACUUCCUUCCAUCCCUGAGAAAACCAAAAGUACCUUUUUUUUGUCUUGCGGCAGCUAUUAAGGAUAUGCAUGCGCCACGUUUCUCAGAAGACUACACUCUAGGAUAAUCAUUAAAACACAAAUUUGUGUUUUAAAAAAAUUCUGAAACUCAAAUAUAAUUCCUUUCAGGUAUUUGCAUUAUCAGCAAAAAUAAUGACCAGUAGUUACCUUGUGAAAAGCUUAUCCUGUGAACAGGCAAUUUAUGCUUUUUUAAUUAGGCCAUUUGUAGAGCUAAAUGUCAAAGUUACUAUUCAAAUGUGGGGAACACUUUGAAGUGGCUAAAAGGGUGGGUGGUAAAAACUAGUUCAAGUGUAGUGCUUAUUUCAGACAAGAAACAGUUUUCAGUUUAUACAAAAGGUUGUUAUCUGUGGUAGCUAUUCACAAAUAAGCAAUAUAAUUGUUUCGAGCACGGCACCAGAAUCUAUUUAAUAUCUAUGGGACAGAUUGAUCUGUAUGUCCAAGGUUGCGGCUAUGUUGCCUACAUUUUAGCAUGACAUUAAAAUAUGAAUGCCAUCAAAAGCUACUGACUGUUCAUAAGAUUUGUCAAUUUAGAAUGGGUGCUCGCUGCUAGAAUAACAAGGGCCCAGUGGUGGCUCAAUGUUAGUGAACUUUGUGGUUGUGUCCUCAGAAAUAAAUGUUGCAUUUUAAUAUUUGAUUUUGAUUGCCUAAUUUUGUGCCAGAUGAAAUAAAAAGCUCUUGCCUGUUUCUAA